AUGGCAGACGCAGAUAUUCCAUCCAUCUCAUCGGGACCUGUAGGCUCUCGCUUUGUUUCCCAAACGGAGCUCGAUCAAGCUAGGGAAAAUCGUGAAGCCCAAUGGAAAGCAGCUUAUGCACGACUGGGCCAAGAACCCCCUGCACGAGAGGACGCUGAGUAUGAUGGCCGAUCGCUGUACGAGCAAAUUAAACAAGAUGAAUGGGAAGCGAAGAAUAAAUUAAGUAACCAAUUUCGCGCUUUGGAGGAAGAUGAAGUGCUUUUUCUUGAUGCUGUGAGAGAAGAACAACGGGCAGAGGAACGAGCUCGUCAGGACAAGGACAGCGAAGAAGUUCAGAAUUUCAAAGCGGCAGUGGCAGCUCGUGAAAAGGCACUGACGGAGCCUCCUAUACCAAGUCCCAUCGCUGCAAGCGAAACAACAGUACCGGCAAACCAUCCCGUUAGCAAGAAAGAGCCGCCUCCGAAAUUGAAGUCUUCAUUCGGAAAGAAGGACCAGAAGGCCCUCCUGAAGGGUAUCAUAAAAAAGAAGACUGCGAACGCAAAAUCCUCCGUCACGCCUGAUGAGUCAUCAAAGGCUGGUGAGAAGCGUGCAGCCAAUGCUGUUGAAAAAAGUUCAGACGGCAGCCCAGAUGCUAAACGGUCAAAAAAGGGGGAGACUUGA